AUGGCCCAGAUUCCCGCCGACGUUCAGAAGGUCGCCGACUCCGGCUCCGUCCUCCUCUUUGGAAAGUGGGACGCCCAGGAUGUUGAGGUCAAGGACAUCUCGCUGACUGACUACAUCAACGUCAGCCACGCUGUCUACGUCCCCCACACUGCUGGCCGCUACGCCAAGAAGCAGUUCGCCAAGGGCCGCAUGCCCAUUGUCGAGCGUCUCGUUAACGCCCUCAUGAUGAACGGCCGCAACAACGGCAAGAAGAUCAUGGCUGUCCGCAUCGUUCAGCACGCUUUCGAGAUCAUCCACCUCGUCACCGAGCAGAACCCCAUCCAGGUCCUUGUUGACGCCAUCGUCAACACCGGCCCCAGGGAAGACUCGACCCGUAUCGGUUCGCAGGGUACCGUCCGUCGCCAGGCUGUCGACGUUUCGCCCCUCCGCCGUGUCAACCAGGCUAUCUCUCUCCUCACCAUCGGCACCCGCGAGUCGGCCUUCCACAACUCGAAGUCCGUCUCUGAGUGCCUUGCUGACGAGCUUGUCAACGCCGCCAAGGGCUCCUCGAACUCGUACGCCAUCAAGAAGAAGGACGAGCUCGAGCGUGUCGCCAAGUCCAACAGAUAA